UCUCCCUGCCGGCGGCGCGGAGCGGAGCGGAGCUGUGCGGCGCGGCACAGCGCGGGGCCGGGGGACGCGCGGCAUGGCUGGCUGGCUGCGGCCGGGAGAGCGGGGCGGCUGGCGGGCGCUGGCGGCGGUGCUGUGCCUGGCGCUGGCGCGCUCCUACAACGUGGACUUGGACCACGCCGUCCUCUACCAGGGACCCAACGGCUCCUUCUUCGGGUACUCCGUGCUGGAGCACUCCCACGACAGCACCCGCUGGGUCUUGGUUGGUGCCCCAAAGGCAGAUUCUAAAUACAGCACCUCUGUUAAGUCUCCAGGAGCGGUGUUUAAAUGUCGAGUCCACACCAAUCCUGACAGGAGGUGCACAGAGCUGGAUAUGGGUCGAGGCAAUACUCGGGGCAUGAACUGUGGAAAGACCUGUAAGGAGGAUAGGGAUGAUGAAUGGAUGGGAGUAAGCCUGGCCAGGCAACCUACAGCUAGUGGGAGCGUGCUGGCCUGUGCACAUCGUUGGAAAAACAUCUAUUAUGAGACAGAAUACAUUCUCCCCCAUGGUUUCUGUAAUAUCAUCCCACCCACCUUACAGUCCAAUGGCCGAAAAUUAUGGCCCUGCUAUGAAGAGUAUAAGAAGAAAUACGGGGAGGAACAUGGCUCAUGUCAGGCUGGGAUUGCAGGCUUCUUCACUGAGGAGCUGGUCAUCAUGGGAGCACCAGGAUCUUAUUACUGGACAGGAACUGUCAAAGUGUUGAACCUCACUGACAACACAUAUUUCAAACUAAAUGAUGAUGCUGUGAUAGCUAGACGAUACACAUACCUAGGAUAUGCUGUGACAGCAGGUCAUUUCUCUCAGCCGACUACCACAGACAUUGUAGGAGGAGCUCCUCAGGAUGGAGGCAUCGGAAAGGUUUAUAUUUUCAGAACUGACAGGAGAUCAGGCUCCCUAAUAAAGAUUUUUCAAGCUUCAGGUAAAAAGAUGGGCUCUUACUUUGGCUCCUCCUUAUGUGCAGUUGAUCUGAACUCUGAUGGACUUUCAGACCUGCUGGUUGGAGCACCCAUGUUUUCGGAGAUCAGAGAUGAGGGUCAAGUCACAGUCUAUACCAACAGAGGAAAUGGGGUCCUGGAAGAGAAGCUUGUUCUGAGUGGUGACAAUGCCUACAAUGCACACUUUGGAGAAAGCAUGGCCUCCCUAGGGGAUAUUGAUGAUGAUGGAUUCCCGGAUGUCGCCAUUGGGGCACCUAAAGAGGAUGACUAUAUUGGAGCAGUGUACAUCUACCAUGGAGGUGCAGAUGGGAUUGUACCACUGUAUUCUAUGAAGCUGUCUGGGCAAAAGAUAAAUCCAGCACUGAGGAUGUUUGGCCAGUCCAUAUCAGGAGGAGUUGAUAUGGAUGGAAAUGGUUAUCCAGAUAUGACCAUUGGAGCCUUCAUGUCAGACAAUGUGAUACUUUUAAGAUCCAGACCCGUCAUUACAAUGGACAUCUAUGUUUUCCUGCCAGCCUCCAUCAACAUCACAGCUCCCCAGUGCUAUGAUGGCUCUCAGCAAGUGAAUUGUCUCAACGUUACAGUCUGCUUUCGUUUCAAUGGCAAGCACGUUCCAGGAGAGAUAGGCUUGAAUUACCACUUGACUGCAGAUGUGGCAAAGAAGGAGAAAGGCCAACAGCCCAGGGUUUACUUUGUGUCUUCUGGAGAAAUGAUGGGGCAGGUCAUGGAGAAGUUACAACUGUCAUAUAUGCAGGAGACGUGUGAGCACUACCUCGCCUAUGUGAAGAGAAGAGUCAAAGAUGUGAUAUCUCCAAUUGUGUUUGAAGCAGCCUACAGCCUUGGGGAACAUGUGGUGGGAAAGGAGGAGAAAGAGCUUCCUGCUCUCAAGCCCGUCCUUCGCUGGAAAAAGGGGCAAAAGAUAGCCCAAAGGAAUCAGACUGUUUUUGAGAGGAAUUGUCAAUCAGAUGAUUGUGCUGCUGAUUUGAAACUUCAGGGUAAAUUACUGCUGUCAAGUGUUGAUGAAAGAACCUCCUAUCUGGCACUGGGAGCGGUCAAGAACAUUUCACUGAAUAUUUCCAUCUCUAACAUUGGGGACGAUGCCUAUGAUACCAAUGUGUUCUUCAACUUUUCCAGGGAGCUCUUCUUUAUCAAAAUGUGGCAAAAGGAAGAGAUGGGUAUUGCCUGUGAGUUGCUGGAGUCAGACUUCCUCAAAUGCAGCGUGGGAUUUCCUUUCAUGAGAUCGAAGUCCAGGUAUGAGUUCAGCGUGAUCUUUGAUACAAGCCAUUUGUCUGGGGAAGAGGAGAUUCUUACCUUCCUUAUCACUGCCCAAAGUGGAAACCUAGAGCAUACUGAAUCUCUACAUGACAAUACUCUCAUCCUGGCUGUACCUCUGAUGCAUGAAGUAGACUCUUCUAUCACUGGAGCUGUCUCGCCAACAUCCUUUGUCUAUGGUGAUUCUGUGGAAACAUCAAACUUUGUUCAGUUGGAGAAUUAUGAAUGUAUUUUUCAGCCCCUCAACUUCACUCUUCAGGUUUACAACACUGGACCGAGCACUCUCCCUGAAGCUUUUGUUGACAUUUCAUUCCCAAACCGUCUCUCUGCCACCGGGGCUGACACAUUUCAUAUCCAGCAAAUGAUGGUUGCUCAGGACAAAGGAAACUGCUCUUUUCAGAAAAACCCUAAUCCAUGCAUCAUCCCUCAGGAGAAUGACAACAUUUUUCAUACAAUAUUUGCUUUUUUUACAAAGUCUGGCAGAAAAGUUCUGGAUUGUGAAAGACCAGGACGGUCCUGCUUAAUUGUGCGCUGUAAUUUAAGCUCACUAGCUAAAGCAGAAUCUCGCAAUAUAGAUAUUUACAUGCUGCUGAAUACUGAGAUAUUAAAGAAGGACAGUUCAUCAGUCAUCCAGUUUGUGACCAGGGCGAAGGUGAGGGUCGACACAACACUUAGGGUGGUGGAAGUGCCAAAUGGGAAUUCUGAAGAUGCAACAGUGGUCUUUGAGGCCUUGCACAAUCUGGAGCCUCGUGGGUAUGUAGUUGGAUGGAUAAUUGCCAUCAGUUUGCUGGUGGGAAUUCUUAUCUUCCUGUUGUUGGCUGUGCUGUUAUGGAAGAUGGGCUUUUUCCGAAGGAGAUACAAAGAAAUCAUUGAGGCUGAGAAGAACAGAAAGGAGAAUGAAGAUAGUUGGGACUGGGUCCAGAAAAACCAGUGACCUGCCACUAAAGCAAAGCAAAGCAAAGUGAAACAAAAACCCAGUCAUGAGACACCUGCUUGCUAGCCUAUUGGUCCUGCUCAUGUAUCUUCCAUAUGUGGAAGAAGGAAUCUUCUCCAGAUUUUUCGGAGACCCCGUUGAUGCUGUGUUCUUGAUCAUUCUAACAAGCUAGGGAACAUAUUCCUGAGGCAACCCCUGCAGCCAUGUCAGGUGACUGGAGUGAUUUACAUGUCCCGUAAGAGUUGAACUUUGAACUUUGGUAACUAAGCUGCAGUGCAGAGCAAUAUUUAUGAAUCCAACAUAUGUGGUAUACCCUCAGGGGAAGACUGUUACCUAAAAGUAUUUUUAUAAAUAUAAGCUUUUUAUACUGAUUAUGUCUUUAUAUUUGUAUCAAUGUUUUAUUGUUUCUAUUGAAUAGCUAUAUAGUUCACUCAAGCACUGAUAUCUGGCUAAGAUCUUGGAAUUACAUAUAUGUAUAUAUAAAUCUUAUUGUUCUUUGAACUUCAAUGCAAAAAAAAAAAACAGAUAAAAGUAGCUGAAAAACCUCACAUAGUAAAUCCACAAGGCUUGGUAAAGUUGUAUAUAAAUCAUUUAAAUGCAGUGUGCUUUUCACUUUUUUCAAGUUCAAGGUGAUUUUUGAGUUAUGAGCUAAAGAACCUGAAAUAUUAUUGCCAUGUGAUUUUCUACAAUUGAAUCUAUCCUUCGGUAAUCUGAAUUGAGGGAAACAAUUCCUCCUACCCAGAUUGCAAAAAUAUUGUUCACAUUGGCUUUUUUACUCCAUAAAAAUAGCCUUUUGAUCACAAGGCAUAUUGUACUGAAGAAAGUGGCAAAAAAUAUUUUCCUUUGGCAAACUCUGUUCCUUAUAACAUGUAGCCCUUUGACAAUGAGCAAAAUUGGACAGUCAAGACUCCACAGUAACAGAAGUGGUACAACCACUAAGGCAUCAACAAAUAGUUUGGAGUUGAGAACAGUAUUAGAAUCAAUGGUAUGAGAGAGAGUCUUUACGCUACUGUUAAUGGUCAUAAUUUGUUUUACUUGCUGCUGUCGAUGUUUCUAGUGGUAAGUAUCCACAAGAUAUGACCAUUAUACUCGCCUUCUGAAUGUAUACAUGCAAGUUACAUGUUUGUUUAUAUGAUAACCUUUUAAAGUUUGGAAGUUAUUGGCUCGAUGAGCAAAUUAAAUGUAUUCUUAAAUUUGGAGGUUCCAAACUUGGGUGCUUUUAAUACUAGAUACCAUCCAUCACCUGGUAUUAGAGCCAAAUUUAAUUUAGGUACAAACUUUGCUAAAACGCAUGUAUUUACUGUAGUAGAUCAUUUACUGGAUUGGAGGAAACACUGUUCAAUUAAUUCAGCUAUGUUCUUAAAAAGAGCAAUUAGGUAUUUGAAUAGAGAUAGUGUUCCUGGUGCCAUCCAUGUUAAUAGACUUUUCCUCUUACUUUGCUUCAGUGUAAUUAAUUUGAGAUGCUAGUGUAAAAUCAGUGCGAGGGAAAGAGAAAUUAAGGCUUGCAUGUUAGGGUGAAGUUACAGCUUACACAUACUAAGAGCACUUAAAAUACUAGUGUCUGCACAGUAAAGCUUGUUAACUCAAGCUAAGUGCCGUCUGAGUGCCUCAAAGUUAUACCAUUUUAGGUGAGGGUUAACUCUGGGCCAUGCUGCAUAGCAUGUGUUAGGGUACCUUCAGUCUGCUCCAUGGAGAUAAAAUGAGCCAUCUGCAGUCUUCCAGCAUCCCAGAAUGAACUGUUCCCAGCCCCACUUCCACAGUAGACAUAGAGCACAGGUGUCCUGGCUCCUAGCCACUCCCUUGCUUGCUAGCCUUCUAGUUGCAAGUCAAAGUUGCAUGUGACUUCACCCUUAGGUAGGAGUUGAAAGAGGAACAAGAACAUGAUUCAUUUUGUACCGCUACCAGGUGCCUCCCUGAGUAAGAAUGGUAAAGAACCAAUGAAGACUUGAAUGCAAAGGAUAUACAAAAAUCAGUACUUGCCUGAUCCUUGCACUUCUUAAGAGGCAUUUUCCUUGUAAAUUUGUCGUAAUUUCCAACUAAAAGAACAACAAUAUUAUGCUCAUGCUGUUUUUCCUGACAACAUGCACUCAUUAUUUUAAUGCAAAUCUACCCCACCUUCUACUCACUGUUUUGAUACAGGAUAUCAGAUUGUAUUGGGUAAUGGACAGAUAGAGUUUUAAAGAUGAAUAAGCUGCAUUGAUUCUAAAUUUGAAACUGAAGGGCCUUCUUAACUAUGUAGUUUGGGUAGUAUAUUUGACUGCCUUUUCUCAAUUGAUGAUAAAUGGAUAAAUUGGAUAGAUUUAAAAAAGCAAAAGGUCACUCCAUGUUGAUACAAAGGGAUUCAGUAAGCAAGAAUACCGUUAUAGUACCUGAGUCAAGACUUUUUAAAAGGGGGACAAGGCAAAAAGUUGAUGGUCUUCUAUUGCACUAUUUUGUACUAUAGACUUAAGUUAAAUUCAUCCCUGGUGUAACUCCACCAACUUCAGAGUACUUAUGCCAGGAGUAUAUUUGGCUCAACAUGUGUGUUUGUUCUGAUAAAAUGUUGAAGAAGGUUACUGACCGACCAAGACAUAAAAGCAUGAGGAACUGAAUAAAGGAGAAAAAUAGAUUAAAUAUAAAGAUCUCUCUCUCUAAGAUUAUAUAGACAAAGCAAGAGAUCCAGUUUUUUAACAACGCAUAUUUUCAGAUAUUUACAUCUUGACUAUGGACAGAAGAUUUUUUUUCCGUGAACAGUGGAUUUGUUGAAAAGUACCAUGACUGAAACUAUUCAUGAAUAUGGGUUGUAUUCAAUGAAUAGUUUCAGCUGAAAAAAUGAGGGGAAAGUCUGAAAAUGUUGAAAUGUUUAAUUUUGUUCCAGAAAUGCUGAAAUGCUUUAUUUCAACAUAUUUUAAAUGCCAAGUUUUGGUAUUUUUUUUAACAAGGUUCUUUUCUUCUGUAAUUACCUUGUCUUUUUUUUUUUUUAAAGCUUAACUAAGAUUCAUCAAUCAUUAAAAAAGUACAUUUGGUUUGAAAAAGUAUAUUUGGGGUUGAUUUGACGUCAUUUUUGCUAUAUUGUCACAUAAAAAAUAAAAAUAAAUUCCCAUUUCAAUUUAAUUCAAAUCAGUUAUUUUUCAACAUUUUUAGUUUGGCCCCUGAACUAAGAUAUCCAGCAUCUGUCCAGCUGUCCUCUGGACUCGCAACAAAUUAAGGUCAUUUAUAUGCCAAAACACUACAAAAAUAACAGGUGAUCUCAAGUAACAUGAUACAUGGGUUCAAUAGUUUAAGAGCAGAAGACAUAAAAAGUGCCAUACUGGAUCAGACCAAUGGUCUCUCUAGCCCAGUAUCCUUUUUCCAACAGUGGCAGGAGUGGAUGCUUUGGAGGCAGAGAACAUAAACGGGGUAUAUCUGGAGUGAUCUAUCUCCCUGGCAUCCACAAUCAUUAGUUUUCAAAUGCCAAAGGAUACAUGCCUAACUACUCUGUUUAAUAGCUAUUAAUGAAUUGUCUAGUCCCUUUCUGAAGCUGGCUAGCUUACCUGCCUCCACCACCUCCUGUGGCAAUGAAUUCUACAAGUUAAGUAUGCACUGUAUGAAAGUACUUUCUAUUGUUAGUUUUAAACCUGCCUCUGGCUAAUUUCAGUGGGUGCCUCCUAGUUCUAAUAUUCUGGGACCAGGUGAACAACAGUUUCCUUUUCACUUGGUCCACACCCUUUAUGAUUUUAUAGACCUCUAUCCCCUAUAGCCUUCUCCUUUUCAAACUGAAGAGUCCUAAUCUUAUUAAUCUCUCUUGGUAUGGCAGCCGCUCCAUAGCCCUUAUCAUCUUAGUUGCCCUCAUCCAUAGCGUUUCUAACUCUACUACAUCCCAUUUGAGAUACAGAGACCAGGACUGCACAUGGUAUUCAAGAUGUGGGUGUGCCAUGGAUUUAUAUAGUGGGAUGAUGAAGUUCUCUGUUUUGUUUUCUUAAUGAUGCCCAACAUUUUAUUGUCUUUUUUUGGUUGCUGCUGCACAUUGGGUUGAUAUUUUUAGAGAACUAUUUCCAUUGGCUCAAAGGUCUCUUUCCUGAGUUAUAGCAGCUAGUACAGAAUGCUGGGUUCUGAGUUGGGGUUAUUUUUCCCUAGGUACAUUACCUUGUGCUUCUGGACAUUUAAUUCAUCUACCAUUUUUUGUUUUUUGGAGUUUUUUUGCCCACUCACUUAGCUUUGUGAUUCAAAUGUAACAAGUGGUUCACUUGUUCUAUGUGAAUUCUUCAUUAUUUCUUUUACUGGUUUCUUGACAAGUUUUACUUUGACUGCUUCUUACUCCAGUUAACAGAGUCAGAUUUAAUAAUGAAAUAAAGCAGCACAGGGUGGGUUGAAAACAUGUAUUAAGCCUCCAAUUUUUUAUCAGACACCAGUAGGUUUAAGACAUCUUCUGAGAAGAAAGCAGAAUUCUAAUAAGAAUGUAGUAUAUGUCAAAUAUGCAUAGAAAGUAGAUAUCUGGUGAAGGUGUACUAUUUUUUUCAUGAAGAAGCAAAAUGCCAUAUAGUGAUUUGAUGGUAUUUCUGUAAUGCAUAGGGUGUCCACUUAGACUGAACACCUUUUGACUCCUUAUUAGCGUCAGAAGGGGAAGUACCUGCCUUUUAAAGUCAGUUUGUGAAAUUCCUAACAGUAAAAAGGGCAUAUAUAUCCCUUCAAUACCAAUUAAUCACUAUCUUGAGUGCUUAAGUAGGAUAUUAGUGUUGCAUACAUAUUAAAGUGACCUUCUGAAUGAUGGGUGAUGGGUACAUUUCAAUCAGUGGGAAUUGAAAGUAUUUCAGCAUUUCUCUGCGUACUGAAUACAUUCCUUAGAUAAAUCUAUCACUUAUAAGGAACUGCUUUUGAAGCUGAAUGCAAAUCAACCUGUGCCCAACAUCUACAGAAUCUCUUGAUCUAGUAUGUCCAUCAAUCAUUCUCAGAGGUUGUACUUUAGAAAUAAAUAAUAAAAGUAAUAAAAGUAUUGUCAGUGUCUACAGUAUCAUGGAAAGCAUAGGUAGUAAAAUGCUAACCAGACUUUUCUGAGCAAGUUGGAACUAAAUGAGUCUGCCAGAUGACCAGGAGUAGAUCUACAUUACAUGGAAGGUCCAAUCUCAGAGUUAGUUGAAGUCACCAGAGUAGCAUCAGGGUGAAUUUGAUGUCUGACUUCCAUUUUCUGACAGUAUAAUUCUGUUCAAUAUGAAGGGGCCAGUCCUUAGUCUAUUAGCUAUUUAAACAAAAUGUAAGCCCUAAGUGGGCUUUAAGUCAUGUACAGGCCAUGUGCUGCCCACUAAACAAGGAAGAAUUUUAUCCUGCGGAACUAAUGAAAAGCAAAGGGUAGUAUCUAUGCUAUGCUAGCAAGGUGAGACACUACAGGUUAGGGUUGGCAAGCUGGUCAAUUAACUGGUCAAAUAUUAUCAAUUGACUGGUCAAAGAUUAUAGCAAAUUUUUCAAAAAAUUACCCUUUUCAGUUUUCUUGACAGAAAUAUGAUUUUUAAAUUUUUUUUUUGAUGAAGUUAAUGGAAAAAAUGUGCUGUUUCUGUGUAUUGUUUGGACCUAUUGGCAAUUUUUUUACAAUUUUUACCUAUAUUUGACCAGAACCAUUCAAUUGACUACCUUUUAUUUGAUCAGUCAAAUACCUAACCCUAGUGCAGGUGAUAACCAUUUGCUGCAUAUGUGAAAAGGAAAUGUGAAGGUAAAAAAAAUGGCUACAAGGCAUCUUAACUUUUGAUAUGAUUUAGAAUUUCUGUUUUGUACAUGAUGGUGAAUCCCUUAAGGAAAUGCAAAUAUUUACAUAGGCAUGGCUUUGUACUAUGAAUACAGGGUUGUCAAUCUGAAAAUACUGAAAAAUGCUGAUAUAGCAAAAACCGCAGAAACAACCCCUUUCUGCUUUGAUACAUAAAUAACUAACAAAAUAUAUUUUUCCUUGAAAUCAAGAAUGUCCAGGUAAGUUGAGUUGAUGAAAACAGCAGUUACACAAAGACUAAUGAUAGAUAGUAUUUGAUGAUACUUAGUGCCAACAUUCUUUGAACAUCUUCUGUUUAAGGGCAUAUUUUGGAGUCUUACACAGAAUUUUCAUGCACAAUAUUAUCCAUGUGGUGUGGGAAUAGGCAACAUUACUUUCACUAAAGAAUUUAAGGGAAUCAUAGAUCUAAUUUUUGCGUUCGUACUAUCUAUGAGGUUACUUUGGGUAUACAUGACAAUAGGUUGUUGUCCACAUAUUGUACAUUGAUUAAACUGGCAUGAAGAAUAUAACUGCUUGGAGCAUGAGUUUGCAAAUAGAGUAGGGUACCCGCACCAUUUUCACUCAUUUUUUCUUGAAAUGUCACUCCUUGUGUAUUGUAAAGUUGUAAUUUUUUUUGUGAAUUUGUGAUGGAAGAAUGUGUUCACUAUUAUCAUUGUCACCCGUAUUUAGAAGCUACAUUUUCACCUAUAUUCUAAUUCACUUGCACUGUUUUGGAAAUGUCAGGUUUACAAAAAUACAACUUUUUUGGAAUAAAAAGUGGCUGCAAAAUUA